AUGAUAGCUGACAACUCUGAUAUUAAAUUAAGAAUCCUAAAAGAAUUUUCAAGUUAUAAAUGGUCGAGAACAUUAUAUUAUUCUGAAAUAACAACAUGUCCUGAAGUUUCAGCAAUUAAAACUUGUGAAAUUAAAAUUAGACCAACUACUAAAACAAAUCCAUCACUUUUAAAAUAUGAAUUUAUGUGGACAUUUAGUAGUGAUGACUCUGAUUUUAUAGAAAUUGUAUAUUCACCAAUUGGAAAUAUAGAAGAAGGUGGACAUGACAUAACAGUAAAUACUCCUUGUUUGUUAUUUAAUCUUUUAGAAAUAAUUCAAAUAUUAAUUGAAGUAGUAGAAGAAGGAUGGGCAAACAUUGUUCCAGGACCUAACAUGAAUUCUAUUGGAGAAUGUACAUUAGUUAUGUAUUUAACUACCAAAAGUGAUGUAUCAAAUCCUCCAUAUGAUACAAGAACCCUUCAUUUUAAGUUUGAUAAACCAAAUGUUAUUAAAAAUGAGAAAACAAUAAGUGUUAUUAUUAUGGAAAUGAGCUCAACAAAAAAAAGUUAUAUGAAAACUGGUACUAUGACAUCAUUAGGAAAAGAUGUCGAUGGAUCUUCUUCAUUUAUUGAGUAA